AUGGUUAAAGAACAAGCUUACUAUAAGGAAGGUUAUGUCAAGGAAAUUGCUGAUACGCAUGCUUGGAGAAACGUAAGCAAUUGUGCUGAACAUCUUAUACCUUUAAUUAAGCCAGAUUUUAAGAUCUUAGAUGUUGGGAGUGGACCAGGUACCAUCACCAUCGACUUUGGUAAUUAUGUACCAGAAGGUCAUGUCACGGGUGUUGAACCUACCAUUGAGUUAAUUGAACGUUCACGUCAAACUUUAAAGGAAAUUGAAGAACUGACGGGUAAGAAAAUCACCAAUGUUACCUUUGAAGAAGGUUCUAUUUAUAAAUUACCAUUUGAAGACAAUAGUUUUGAUUUAAUCCAUGCUCAUCAAGUUGUGGUUCAUUUGGAAGAUCCUAUUGCUGCUUUAAAGGAAUUGAGACGUGUUACCAAAGUUGGUGGAUUUGUAUGUGUUAAAGAUGGUGAUUUAAAAUCAACUGUGGUUUAUCCUGAAAAAUUUGCUGAAGUCCUUGGACGCUUUGCUGUUUCAAAGGCCAAAAAUUCAACUUCUACCGAUAUUAUCGCUGGUAGAUCUUUAAGAGCUAAGGCUAUCAAAGCUGGUUAUAAGCCAGAAUUAAUUAAAUCUAGUGCAUCGAUUUGGUGUCUUGCUGACAAGAAUACCAAAGAGUUAUGGUCUAGAGGUAUGAAAGCUAGACUUGCUAAAAGUAAGGAAAAGUUGGUUGUCGAUGAUGAUGAGGCAGACAAAGCAAAGAGGGCCGAGGCUGAAAAUGCUUGGAAUGAAUUUGUUGAAGAUGAUAAUGGAUUCUUGACUAUGCAAAAUGGUCAAAUCGUUUACACUAAAGAAUAG